UACCACAGUAUUAGAAUGACAGUUUUUUCUGGAUAUAGGACUGAAUCAACUUGUAAGAAUGCCUCAUAUGUCAGGGAUACUAAGACUUAAGAAUUGGGAAGGUGUGGAUGGGAAAAUAAUAAAUUUAGAGAAUUAAUUUAACAAGAUUUGAGUGGAAAGACUGAUGCUGAAUGUGAUGCACAUUUGAGUGGCUGUAAAGCAAAUGGAACAGAAUGUGUUUAAGCAAUAUCUCAAAAGUUGACCUUGUAUUUGGGUUCAGAGUAUUUCAACCUGCUAUGAUUAUG